UGAGACUUCAUUCGGGUUGUGCGCGCACGAAGUGUGACUUAGCUUGCGUCCCCGGAGCCACCGAGGGGCUAGACAAUUGUCGUAGGUAUGACCUGUGCGGUUUGUCGUUGCCAAUUACAAAAGGAUCCAGUGUUCUAGGAGGGAAUCGCGGGUUUUGUUUGUGUGCGAGUUGACAGCAUGAAUUGCAGCAGCAUGCAACAGGAUUCAGUGACCUUGGGCGACAUGAAGGCAUUGGGGAAGAAGGAAAAUCCCAUCAAAAUAUCCAACGUCAGUGUAGGGGGUGGCGGUGAUGGUGUGAAUAAUGCCCACAAUAACAAUGUUGCGUUAAUUAAUAACAACAAUAAUGCUAACUGCAGUGCGAAAAUCGUCAACGGGAAUAGAGUGCUGCUCGGAAGCGGCUUAGCGGCUCAGGCGACGAAUGCCUUCGCAACGGUUUCGACGGCUGCCGUCGAAGACAACAAGCUCGGCGCCAAUGACAAGGAGAAGCUCACGAAAGCGGUGAUGAAGGUGUUCGAGGAGUACAAAUGGACUCCGCCCACCAACGUGGUCAAAUCACCGACAGAUAAGAAGAAAAAUCACAUCAAACGACCGAUGAACGCGUUUAUGGUUUGGGCCCAGGCGGCCCGCCGGGAAAUGUCCAAGCAGGAACCGAAGCUGCAGAACUCCGAGAUUAGCAAGGAUCUGGGGAAAAUGUGGAAAAACCUUGCAGCCGAGGACAAGCUGCCAUUCAUCGAACAGGCGGAGAAGCUACGAAUGACGCACAAAAGCCAACAUCCCGACUACAAGUACCAGCCGAGGAGGAAAAAGUCUAAGAAAUUUGGCAAACACGGAAAACACUGCUGCGACGAGGAAUGCGAGGAGUCCAGCAGCCCUCCACCUCCACCCAAGCCACGCACCAAAAAGGCCACCGGUGUGACCACGAGCAAAACCAAACUUGUGCAACAAGCAAAAGCGCUGGCAGCUUCAAAUAUGAACACCAACUACGAAUAUCAACUCAACGAUCAGUCGGUGACAAAAGUGGGACACACGACCGAUCUGUUAACUCCUUCGUCCUCGACCUCGUCGAUCGAGCAUUACCCGGGAUAUUCGGUCAGCAGGCAGAGUUCGGCUAAAAUUCCAAAUGGCGAGCUGAUCAAUCGUUACUACGGCGUGGUUUCGUGCGAACUAGAAUCUCCCUGUAGUCCACAAAGUCCUGGUGGAGCAUCGAUUCAUUCCUCUACGGAAGGCCAACCGUUAACUCCGCCCACAACUCCGUACACCGGACUGGCCAAUCUCAAGUCGUUUUCGCCACAUUCCCGAUUGUCCAGUAACGACUCCCCGGUGGGAUACUACAACCGAAACGAUUACAUCAAUGGCUCUUCGUUGGACUAUCGUUCAGAGCAGUGGAGCUCGUUGCACAUGAACAGUGGCUAUCCCACCAAUUCACUCUCUGCUUCUUCCUCUGCCUUUGCGUCCCAAAGCAACGGGAAAGAUUUUUACCGCGCUUUUCCGAACCAAAUGCACCAACUUCAUGAGUCAAAUUCGGUCGCAUCUUACCAUCUACCAAGCUCGGUUCACCUUCAACCGAACCUAUCGUCGUCUCCUAUCCAUAACCUCCCCCCUGAUUACACCACAAUAACGGCAAUUCCAAACCAAAGCUACCUUAUAUCACCCCUAGACCAGGACCAAGUCGAUAUUGAGCAAUAUCUGGACAGCCAGGCGGUGGUUAAGAAAACACUCGCCCAAUACUGCAAACCAGAGGAGUCCUCCUCCCAUGACCUAGCCGAUCCUCUUCUCAACCACCAUCAGCCACAUUGUCACUCCCCGGCUGGGACCACCAUGAGUGUAAUCGCAAGCGAUCCCACCGGAACCUCCUCGUCAUCGCUUACCGCCGCUACUACCGGGAUGGAUCCCAACUCAACCCACUCUCCUGUUCCGGCGGGUCUGUACUACGAGAAUGCCCACUCGUCAUCGUCGGUCAUGACGCUACAUGCCACGGCUUCCAGUGGACCACCGCCGCCGCUGCCGUCAUCCUCGUCGUCACACCACAACUCUUCACCGCAGCAUUCGCACGCCCAUUUGCACCAUCACCAUCACCACCACCACUCGAUGGCCGCCCAUCUGCCCUCGUACUACAACAGCUGGGGCACCGGGAACUAUGGGACCAAUUCGUAAUUGGUGCGUUUAGUUAGGUUAUGAUUUACCGGAGGGGUGAGAUACAAACUUGUGUAAUUCAAUAAGGUAGGGUGUAAGCGUGUCGAGAAAUGUUUCAUCGGAUCGUCAAAAAUCCCUCACCAUGUGGUUCCGAUUUACAAGUCUCAGAAAAAAGUUAUUUCAGAUUAAUGAGGUAGCAUCAACUUAAGUUUUCAAUUUUCAAAAUGAGCCCCUUAUGAAAAUUAAAAUGAAAAACAAUACGUAAAACGAAUGAAACCCAAUGAUAAACUUUAUGAAUGAUAUAAACAGACAGCUGAGAGUAGGAAAAUGUCAUGAUGAGUUCAAUCUGUAUGAUUUGUUCCAAUUGCAAUUUAGAUUAAGGCGAAAUGUAACGGUGAAAUACAAUAAAAACAGAUAUUGCAG